AUUCUGUCCAGAGUCGAAAUGCGCACACACAACACAACACACACUCUUUCUCUCUUAUUUUCUCCCGCCCUCUGUCGGUUCUUGAUUUCGUCGAUUACUCUUUUGCUCAAGUAGAUUAUAUUUUUAACUGUUGAUUCUUCAACCAUCAACAUAGGAUUUCUAAGAUGUUGGAGGAUCAGGUGGCGAAUUUGUUACAGAAAUAUUUGGGGAAUUACGUGAAAGGUCUCAAUAAAGAAGCUCUCAAAAUCAGUGUCUGGCAGGGUGAUGUAGAGCUAAAAAAUAUGCAGCUGAAGCCAGAGGCUCUUAAUGCAUUAAAGUUGCCUGUUAAAGUUAAGGCUGGAUUUCUUGGAUCAGUUAAACUUAAGGUCCCAUGGAGCAGGCUAGGCCAAGAUCCUGUUUUAGUUUAUUUGGAUCGAAUUUUUUUACUAGCUGAACCUGAAACUCAAGUUGAAAGAUGCAGUGAGGAAGCUGUCCAAGAAGCUAAGAAAAGCCGAGUACGGGAAAUGGAAAUGAAAAUGUUGGAGAGAGCACAGCAAAUGAAAUCAGAAAUGAAUAAGUCAUGGUUGGGAUCCCUUAUCAACACAAUAAUUGGGAACUUGAAACUGUCAGUGUCAAAUAUCCAUAUCCGAUAUGAGGAUGUUGAGAGCAACCCCAAUCAUCCAUUUGCUGCUGGUGUAACCUUGGAGAAACUCUCAGCUGUGACGGUUGAUGAUAGUGGGAAGGAAACUUUUGUAACUGGCGGUGCACUAGACCGUAUACAGAAGUCGGUGGAACUUGAUCGACUUGCCAUUUAUCUAGAUUCUGAUAUAACCCCAUGGAAUUUGGACAAGCCAUGGGAGGACUUGCUUCCUUCCGAGUGGGUUCAGGUUUUUAGAUUUGGCACGAAGAAUGGUAAACCAUCGGAUAGUCUUAUGAAAUCCCACAUGUACAUUCUACAACCUGUGACUGGGAAUGCAAAGUACUUGAAGCUGCAUGCAAAUGAAUCGGCUAAUGGUGGUCAGCGUCUACAAAAAGCAUUGGUCAACUUGGAUGAUGUGACACUUUGUUUGUCCAGGAAUGGGUACAGAGAUAUUCUGAAAUUAGCAGAUAAUUUUGCUGCCUUUAAUCAACGCUUGAAAUAUGCCCAUUAUCGUCCGCUAGUGUCUGUGAAAUCUGAUCCAAGGUCUUGGUGGAAAUAUGCAUUCAAAGCUGUUUCUGACCAGAUAAAGAAGGCAAGUGGGAAAUUGUCAUGGGAGCAGGUUCUUAGGUAUACAAGCUUACGCAAGAGAUAUAUUUCGCUGUAUGCCACUCUGCUUAAAUCUGACAGCAGUCGGGCAGUAGUGGAUGACAAUGAAGAAAUUGAGGAACUUGAUCGUGGACUUGAUAUUGAACUCAUAUUGCAAUGGAGGAUGUUGGCUCACAAGUUUGUUGAGCAGUCAAUGGGAUCAGACAAUCACUUGAAGAAACAAAAAACUAAAAAAUCUUGGUGGUCAUUUGGAUGGAAUAACCAAUCCCCUGAAGAUGAAAGUGAACCAUUUCAUUUCAGCGAGGAAGACUGGGCCCAGUUAAACAAAAUCAUAGGAUAUAAGGAGGUUGAUGAUGGACAUUCAUUGAUAAUUAAUGAGAAGUUGGAUACUCUGCAUACUUCCCUAGAGAUUCAUAUGAAACAUAAUGCUUCAAAGCUUUUGGAUGGUGUUUUGGACUGUCUAGCUGAGUUAUCAUGUAAAGACCUGGACUGCUCCGUUAAACUUUAUCCUGAGACACAAGUUUUUGACAUGAAAUUGGGGUCAUAUCAGCUGUCAUCGCCAAAUGGUCUUCUUGCUGAGAGUGCGACAACUGCUGAUUCUUUAGUUGGACUCUUCUGCUACAAGCCUUUUGAUUCAAAAGUGGAUUGGAGCUUGGCUGUUAAAGCUUCUCCAUGUUAUGUGACUUAUUUGAAGGAUUCCAUUGAUGAAAUGAUCAAAUUUUUUGAGAGCAAUACUGCAGUUAGUCAAACCAUAGCAUUGGAAACUGCAGCUGCUGUGCAGAUGACAAUUGAUGGAGUCAAGCGCACAGCUCAACAACAGGUGAACCGGGCUUUGAAGGAUCAUGCCAGGUUUAUGCUGAACUUGGACAUUGCUGCUCCCAAGAUUACAAUUCCAACUGAAUUUCGUCCAGAUGACUCUCACUCAUCAAAACUUAUGCUUGACUUGGGAAACUUGGUAAUCUGUUCACAGGAUGACUGUGAACGCAAAUCUUCUAAGGAGCUGGAUACGUAUUUGCAAUUUGAUUUGGUUCUGAGUGAUGUAUCUGCUUUUCUGGUUGACGGUGACUGUCACUGGGAUUGUAGCCAACCUUCUGCUUCUAACCUGAGGAGUGGUGCUAGUUUUUUACCUGUUAUUGAUAAGUGUGGGGUCAUCUUAAAGCUUCAACAGAUUAGGUUGGAGAACCCAUCCUACCCUUCCACACGACUUGCUUUACGGCUGCCAUCAUUACAGAUUCACUUUUCCCCAGCUAGGUAUCAUCGAUUGAUGCAAAUAGUGAAAAUAUUCCAGGAAGAGGAUAGUGAGAAGUUGGAUCUUGUUCGCCCUUGGGAGCAUGCUGAUUUUGAAGGGUGGUUGUCUCUACUUACUUGGAAGGGUGUGGGAAAUAGGGAAGCUGUUUGGCAGCGGCGAUACUUUUGCUUAGUUGGACCUUUUCUUUAUGUACUAGAGAGCCCUGGUGCUAAAUCUUAUAAGCAAUAUCUCAGCUUACGAGGGAAACACAUAUAUCAGGUUCCCGCAGGGUUGGUUGGUGAUGUGGAUUAUGUAUUAGCUGUUUGUGAUCCUGCACGAUCCAAUAACAAGGUUGUGGAAGAUGUAAAUGCUCUAAUACUGCGGUGCGAUUCUAAUGAUUCAAGAAAAACUUGGAAAAAUCGACUGCAAGGGGCUAUAUAUAGUGCUUCGGGUGCUGCUCCUAUCACUAGUCUGUCUGAAACUUCAUCAGAUUCUGAGAACUCAGAGACAGAACUGAGUGACAACCAUGAUGCAAUUGGGAUCUCAAAGAUAGAGAAGGUGUUUAUUACUGGUGCUCUUGAUGAACUAAAGAUCUGCUUCAAUUAUAGCCAUCAGCAUGAUCAUAGUUUCGUGAAGGUUCUUCUUGCUGAAGAGACUCGACUAUUUGAAUUUCGAGCGAUAGGUGGUCAGGUUCAACUUUCAAUAAGAGGAAAUGACAUGUUUGUUGGUACUGUUUUGAAAUCUUUGGAGAUUGAAGAUUUAGUUUGCUUUAGUGGAGCAUCUCAGCCCUUUUACCUGGCAAGAUCAUUCAUUGGGAGCUCAGAUGCACAUGUAUCCUUUGAUGACACAAAGUUUCAGAAUUUUGACAAUAGUAAUCCUACUCCAAGUGAAGGAGAUGAUAAAUUCUAUGAGGCACCUGAAAAUUUGCUUGAUUCUGCAGAUCUCACAUUGCCAUCACCACAAAACUUAUCCAAAUACCCAAGUUUCCAAAAUUUGCCACCAUCUGAAAGCUUAUCAUUUAAGACACCUAGUUUUAGACGUAUUGCUGGUUUACUCCCCGAUGAUGCCCUUCAAAAUAGGAUGGAAGACACUGAACAAACAGAAACAUUGGAUACUUUUGUGAAAGCUCAAAUUGUUAUCUAUGACCAUAAUUCUCCUCUAUACGAUAAUAUUGAUAAAAGGGUGACAGUGAGUCUAGCUACCUUAUCAUUCUUCUGUCGUAGACCUACAAUUCUUGCAAUUAUGGAAUUUGUUAAUGCUAUCAAUAUUAAAGAUGAAAGCUGCGAAUCUUUCAGUGAUAAUUCUUUGACAGCUGUUGAUAAUUCUUCUAAAGAAGAUGUUGUUGUGGAUCAACAGUUGAUGGCUAUUGAGGAGCCUGUUGUUAAAAGUCUGCUUGGAAGGGGGAAAUCCAGGGUUAUUUUUAAUUUAACAUUAAAUAUGGCCCGUGCUCAAAUUGUUCUGAUGAAUGAAAAUGAAACUAAGCUUGCUACUUUGUCACAGGAUAAUCUGCUUACUGAUAUUAAGGUGUUCCCAUCCUCUUUCAGUAUAAAGGCUUCCCUGGGAAAUCUGAAAAUAAGUGAUGACAGUCUUCCUGACAGCCAUAUGUAUUUCUGGAUAUGUGAUAUGAGAAAUCCAGGAGGCAGUUCAUUUGUUGAGUUGGUUUUUACUUCAUUUAGUAUUGAUGAUGAAGACUAUAAAGGUUACGAGUAUUGCCUUUUUGGGCAGCUUUCAGAAGUACGCGUUGUUUAUUUGAAUCGCUUUGUCCAGGAGGUUGUUAGUUACUUUAUGGGUCUUGUUCCCAACAGUUCAAAGGGUGUUGUCAAAUUAAAGGAUCAGUUCACAAAUUCAGAGAAAUGGUUUACAACUAGUGAAAUUGAAGGAUCACCUGCUAUGAAGUUGGAUCUAUCACUUAGAAAGCCAAUAAUUUUAAUGCCUCGGAGAACAGACAGCCUUGAUUACUUGAAGCUUGAUGUGGUUCAUAUAACAGUUCAAAACACCUUUCAGUGGUUGUCUGGCAGUAAAAGUGACCUGAAUGCUGUUCAUUUGGAAAUAUUGACAAUUCUGGUUGAGGACAUCAAUCUAAAUGUUGGUACUGGAUCGGAAUUAGGUGAAAGCAUAAUUCAAGAUGUGAAAGGGGUCUCUAUUGUUAUUCAGAGGUCACUUAGAGAUUUGUUGCAUCAAUUACCAAGUACUGAAGCUGUAAUCAAGGUAGAGGAACUGAAAGCAGCUCUGUCGAACCAGGAAUACCAGAUAAUUACUGAAUGUGCUCUGUCCAAUAUUUCUGAGAUUCCUCAUAAUGUGCCCCUGUUGAAAAAUAAUUCUCUGGUAUCUUCAGAAGAUGUUAUAGAAUCUGUUGUACCUCAAGUUCCAUCUGUUGAACCUGAAACCCCAGAGAGAGAUAUCUGGAUUGCCAUAAGAGUCUCUGUUGUCAUUAAUAUGGUUGAAUUGUGCUUACAUUCUGGGGUAGCAGGAGAUGCAUCUUUGGCCUCUGUGCAGGUUAGUGGUGCAUGGCUUCUCUACAAGUCUAAUACGUUGGGUGAAGGUUUUCUGUCAGCGACACUUAAGGGUUUCAGUGUUAUAGACAAUCGUGAAGGAACUGCAGAAGAAUUUAGGUUGGCAAUUGGAAAGCCUGAGAACAUUAGUUAUGGUGGUCCACACUUAGUGACUGAUGAUGAGAACCAGAACAUGCUUGAUGCAAAUGUUAUAAAAGGGAAUGAUGUUAAACCAGUUCCUACAAUGCUUAUUCUUGAUGCUAAAUUUGGACAGAGCACAUCUUAUGUUUCUAUAAGUCUCCAGAGGCCACAACUACUGGUGGCACUUGAUUUCCUGCUUGCAGUUGUUGAGUUUUUUGUCCCAACUAUCGGUGGUUUGCUGUCAAAUGAUGAGGAUAAGAGUUAUGUGCAUAAAGUUGAUGCGCUCAUUCUGGAUCAGUCAAUUUACAGCCAACCCUCUGCUGAACUCUCACUAUCUCCUCAGAGACCUCUAAUUGUUGAUGAUGAAAGAUUCAAUCAUUUCAUUUAUGAUGGAAAAGGUGGAAUAUUAUACUUAAAAGAUAGGCAGGGAUUCAAUCUCUCACAACCUAGUAUGGAGGCUAUAAUACAUGUUGGAAGUGGAAAAAGGUUGCAAUUUAAAAAUGUUGUCAUCAAGAAUGGGCUAUACUUGGACUCUUGUAUUCUUCUAGGAGCCAACAGUAGCUAUUCUGCUUUGAAAGAUGAUGGGGUCUUGCUGGAGGUUGGGGAUGAAGAUCCUCACCUGGACGAUUCAAGAGAAAGUGCAAAUAAUAUACCAUCUGAAAACCCUGCAGGUGACAGGUCUAUGGAGUUCAUCAUUGAGUUACAGGCUAUUGCUCCAGAGUUGACCUUUUAUAAUACAUCCAAAGAUGUUAAGGAAUCACCGGCACUCUCCAACAAACUUUUACAUGCACAGUUGGAUGCUUUUAGCAGACUUGUUAUGAGAGGUGAUACCCUUGAAAUGACUGCAAAUGUGCUUGGUUUAUUGAUGGAGAGUAAUGGAAUCAGAAUUUUGGAGCCUUUUGACACCUCCAUAAAGUAUUCAAAUGCAUCUGGGAAGACCAAUAUACACAUAUCUGUUUCAGAUAUAUUCAUGAAUUUUUCAUUCAGCAUUUUGAGACUGUUUUUGGCAGUUGAGGAGGAUAUUUUGGCCUUUCUAAGGAUGACAUCCAAGAAAAUGACAGUUGUCUGUUCGGAGUUUGACAAAGUUGGGACUAUUAGAAAUUCUUCCAGUGACCAAGUAUAUGCCUUUUGGAAACCGCGUGCACCCCCUGGGUUUGCUGUUCUUGGUGACUAUCUGACUCCAAUGGACAAGCCUCCUACAAAAGGAGUUCUUGCUGUAAAUACCAACUUUGCAAGAGUCAAAAGACCAGUAUCGUUUAAACUAAUUUGGCCACCUUUAGCUUCUGGGGCAAUUUCUGAUGAAGGUGUAUCGAAUUAUGAUUCACUACAAAAUGUGGUACCUGCUGAAGGAGAUAGUCACUGUUCUGUUUGGUUCCCUGUAGCUCCCAAAGGCUAUGUUGCGUUGGGCUGCAUUGUUUCUCCUGGAACAACACCGCCACCGCUAACUUCUGCUUUCUGCAUCUUGGCUUCUUUAGUAUCCCCUUGUUCUCUGAGAGAUUGUAUCACCAUCAGCUCUACCAGUCUAUCUCAAUCAAGUUUCGGGUUUUGGCGAGUGGAUAAUUCUGUUGGAACUUUCUUGCCAGCAGAUCCGUUGAAUUAUAGCUUAUCAGGUAGGGCAUAUGAACUGCGUCAUGCAAUUUUUGGGUUUCCAGAAGUAUCUCCAAAACCAUUUGAGCAUUCACAUGCUCAGGCUUCUAGUAAUGUUCAAGAUAGGCCAUUGGAAAAGUCAGCAGUUGUAAACUCUGGUAGGCGUUUUGAAGCAGUUGCUAGUUUUCACUUGAUAUGGUGGAAUAGGGGUUCAAACUCAAAGAAGAAAUUAUCCAUAUGGCGUCCAAUAGUCCCUGAGGGUAUGGUGUAUUUUGGUGAUAUUGCUGUUAAAGGGUAUGAACCACCUAAUACGUGCGUCAUUCUUCAUGAUACUGGAGAUGAAGACCUCUUCAAAGCUCCUCUGGAUUUCCAACUUGUUGGACAGGUCAAGAAGCGAAGGGGAAUGGAGAACAUUUCUUUCUGGCUUCCUCAAGCUCCCCCAAGUUUUGUUUCUUUAGGUUGCAUUGCAUGUAAGGGCACACCAAAACAUAAUGAUUUCAGCUCCUUAAGAUGCAUACGUAGUGAUAUGGUCACUGGAGAUCAAUUUUUGGAAGAGAGUGUGUGGGAUACUUUUGAUGCAAAGCUUAGAGGAGAGCAGUUCAGCAUAUGGACUGUUGCUAAUGAGUUGGGAACCUUUAUUGUCCGUGGUGGUUCCAAAAGACCUCCUAGAAGGUUUGCCUUAAAGCUAGCAGAUCAGAAUUUUGCAAGUUGUUCAGAUGAUACUGUCAUUGAUGCUGAAAUUGGAACUUUUUCUGCUGCACUUUUUGAUGACUAUGGUGGCUUGAUGGUUCCCUUGUUUAACAUAUCUCUAAGUGGAAUUGGAUUUAGUUUGCAUGGGAGACCUGACUACUUGAAUUCCACAGUCAGCUUCUGUUUGACUGCAAGAUCAUACAAUGAUAAGUAUGAAGCUUGGGAGCCUCUUGUUGAGCCAGUCGAUGGAUUUUUAAGGUAUCAGUAUGAUCUCAAGGCACCAGGUGCAGCUUCUCAGUUACGCUUUACCGCCACUAGGGAUCUGAACUUGAAUGUCUCAAUAUCUAAUGCUAAUAUGAUACUCCAAGCCUAUGCAAGCUGGAACAAUCUUAAUCAUGUCCACGUGUACUAUGAAACAACUGAAGCUUUUCCUCCAACUUAUGGUGGAAGAUCUAUCAUUGAUGUCCAUCACAAGAGAAAUUACUUCAUAAUCCCACAAAACAAACUUGGUCAGGAUAUUUUUAUUCGAGAUACUGAAAUCAGAGGAUUUUCGAAUAUAAUUAGAAUGCCAUCUGGGGAUAUGAAGCCUGUAAAAGUUCCUGUUUCAAAAAAUAUGUUGGACUCCCACUUGAAGGGAAAAUAUUGUGGGAAAGUUAGAACCAUGGUGACACUCAUUAUAGUGGAUGCGCAGUUCCCUAGUAUUGGAGGGUUGACCCCUCACCAGUAUGCUGUGGCUGUCCGACUUACUCCAAAUCAACACCUUUCAAGUGAAUCGCCUCUCCAUCAACAGAGUUCACGCACCUGCGGAAGUACCUCAAGCUACUCAUCAUCUUCUGAGCUUGAAGUUGUCAAUUGGAGUGAAAUAUUUUUCUUCAAAGUUGACUCCCUGGAUUACUACAAGAUGGAAGUAAUAGUGACUGACAUGGGAAAAGGUGAUCCUAUUGGGUUCUUCUCAGCUCCAUUGAAUAAGAUAGUUGGGAAUGUCGAAGACAAUUUAUAUCCUUACGUAAAUAACUUAAUGUGGAUAGACUUAUGCUCGGCAGAAUCUAUGAAUACAACUGAAGCAAAUAAACGUGAGGAGCUGUGUGGUAGAAUAAGAUGUGCCGUUCUCUUGUCACCCAAACCUGAAGUUGAUGACAGAAAUGAUAGUCUUAUUGGUGGCAGAAAAUCUGGAUCUAUUCAAAUCAGUCCUAGCAUGGAGGGGCCCUGGACAACUGUAAGGCUAAACUAUGCUGCACCUGCUGCUUGUUGGCGGUUAGGCAAUGAUGUUGUUGCCAGUGAAGUAGUUGUGAAGGAUGGCAAUAGAUAUGUGAAUAUUAGGUCUCUGGUGUCUGUAUGUAAUAAUACAGACUUUGUACUUGAUUUGUGUCUUGUGCCCAAAGCUUCCAAUCAAAACACGAGGCCACUAAAUGAUUCAAGUAAGCCCGGAGAUACACAAAUAGAUGGUGAAAGAAUUCAGAUAGAUGAGUUCUUUGAAACUGAGAAAUACAACCCAACAAUUGGCUGGGUUGGCCUUCAACCUAUUCAAGAUCAUGCAGAAUGUGGAAGCCCACAUCAGGCAACUUUUGGAAUCGAGUUAGCAUCAGGCUGGGAAUGGAUCGGUGAUUGGCACUUGGAUACAUCAUUGGUUAAUACUGCUGAUGGUUGGGUAUAUGCCCCAGAUGUUGAGAGUUUAAAAUGGCCUGAAUCUUUUGAUUCACUAAAUUUUGUGAAUUAUGCAAGACAGAGAAGAUGGAUCAGGAAGAGAAAACAAAUGUCAGGCAAUAUAAAGCAUGAGAUAUCUGUAGGACUCUUGAAACCUGGAGACUCUAUUCCCCUUCCUCUAGCAGGCUUGACGCAGUCUGGAUUGUUUGUGUUGAAAUUAAGACCUUUAAAUCUUGGUAUUCAUGAUGAAUAUUCUUGGAGUUCAGUGGUGGAUAGAUCUGGUCAAUCAGAGUUUUCUGGUAGACCAGAUAGUUCUGAUGAAAUAAGUGUAUCAACUCUCACAGAGUCUGAUGAACUGUUGUACUGCACCCAGAUAAGUGGAACAUCUGCCAAUGUUUGUCAUAAGCUGUGGUUUUGUGUAAGCAUACGAGCAACAGAGAUUGCAAGAGACAUUUAUUCUGACCCUAUUGAGGAUUGGAGUCUUGUAGUAAAGCCUCCGUUGUCUAUCACCAAUUAUCUUCCUCUUAAAGCUGAAUAUUCUGUUCUUGAGAUGCAAGCAAGUGGUCAUUGUGUUGCCUGCUCUAGAGGAAUAUUAUUUCCUGGAAAAACUGUCAAGGUUCACAAUGCUGAUGUAACAACCCCUUUAUUCCUUACACUUCUUCCACAAAGAGGAUGGCUGCCAAUACAUGAAGCUGUAUGUAUAUCACACCCUCAUGGAGUUCCAUCUAAAACAAUGAAUUUAAGAAGUUCAAUAUCUGGAAGGAUUGUUCAACUCAUUCUGGAACAGAAUUAUGACAAGGAACAACCACUAUUGGAAAAGAUGAUCAGAGUCUAUGCUCCCUUUUGGUUUGAAAUUGCCAGAUGUCCCCCACUUACAUAUAGACUUCUAGAUAUGACAGGAAAAAAACAUACACGGAAAAUAGUGCUUCCAUUUCAGUCUAAAAAGGACAAUGAAGUGAUUCUCGAGGAAAUAACAGAAGAGGAAAUAUAUGAAGGUUGCACAAUUGCUUCAACUUUGAACUUUAAAUUGUUGGGUCUCUCAGUAUCAAUCGCUCAAUCUGGCACUGAUCAUUUUGGGCCUAUUAAAGAUCUUUCUCCCCUUGGUGACAUGGAUGGAUCACUGGAUCUUUGUGCUUACGAUGAUGUUGACAAAUGCAUGCGGCUUUUUAUUUCUACAAAGACUUGCCCAUAUCCGUCUGUACCUACAAAGGUAAUAUCUGUUCGACCAUUCAUGACUUUCACAAAUAGGCUGGGUCAAGACAUAUUUAUUAAGCUGAAUGGUGAAGAUGAACCCAAGGUUCUUCGUGCAUCUGAUUCAAGAGUCUCCUUUGUUUGUCGUGAGACAACUGGAACAGAUAAACUACAGGUACGAUUGGAAGAUACAAAAUGGUCAUUUCCUGUUCAAGUUAUGAAAGAGGACACCUUCUCUCUAGUUUUGAGGAGACAUGAUGAUACACGGAGAUUUUUGAGGACAGAAAUACGAGGCUAUGAAGAAGGAUCUCGUUUUGUUGUUGUAUUUCGCCUUGGAUCGACGGAUGGUCCUAUCAGGAUUGAAAACAGAACAAUCAGCAAAACAAUUAGCAUUCGUCAGUCUGGAUUUGGUGAAGAUGCAUGGAUUCCCACAGAACCUCUUUCAACCACAACUUUUGCUUGGGAAGAUCCUUAUGGCCAGAAAUUAUUGGAUGCUAAGAUUGAUGAUCAUGGUAUCACUGGAGUUUGGACGCUUGAUUUGGAAAAGACUGGGUUAUAUUCUGCAGUGGAGGGGGAACUAGGAUUGCAAUUCCAUGUUCUAGAAAUUGGUGAUAUCAAAGUUGCUAGGUUCACAGAGGAUAGGACAGCAAGUUCACAUGAAAUCAGGUCUUUGGCACCUGGAAAUUGGAGAAAUUCUCAAAUGCAGAGAGAGACACAGUCCACUUCCACACCAAUGGAGCUGAUAAUUGAAUUGGGAGUUGUUGGGGUUUCUGUGAUUGACCAUAGGCCCAAGGAGCUCUCAUACUUGUACAUGGAGAGGGUUUUUGUAUCAUAUUUGACUGGAUAUGAUGGUGGAACAACCAGCAGGUUCAAGCUCAUACUUGGUCAUUUGCAGAUUGAUAACCAGCUCCCUCUGACUCUAUUGCCAGUGCUGUUGGCACCAGAGCAGGCUACUGAUAUGCAUCAUCCAGUUUUUAAGACAACAAUUACAAUACGCAAUGAGAAUGAUGAUGGCAUCCAGGUUUAUCCAUAUGUAUACAUACGGGUAACUGAAAAGUUGUGGAGACUUAAUAUUCAUGAACCGAUUAUCUGGGCUUUUGUGGAUUUUUACAACAAUCUUCAGCUUAGUCGAGUUCCCCAAAAUACAAGUGUAACUCAAGUUGAUCCAGAGAUUCGUGUGGACCUGAUAGAUGUUUCAGAAGUGAGGUUGAAGGUAUCAUUGGAGACGGCACCAGCCCUGAGGCCUCAUGGGGUUUUGGGAGUGUGGAGCCCCAUACUCUCUGCUGUUGGAAGUGCAUUCAAAAUUCAGGUUCAUUUAAGGAGGGUGAUGCACAGAGACAGAUUCAUGAGAAAGAGUUCCAUUAUUCCUGCGAUUGGAAAUCGCAUCUGGAGAGAUCUGAUUCAUAAUCCUUUGCAUUUGAUAUUUUCAGUAGACGUGCUGGGAAUGGCAAGUUCAACAUUGGCUUCUCUUAGUAAAGGAUUUGCGGAGCUUUCGACUGAUGGACAGUUUCUGCAAUUACGUUCAAAACAGGUGUGGUCAAGGAGAAUCACUGGAGUAGGUGAUGGAAUCAUUCAAGGAACAGAAGCUCUUGCCCAAGGUGUUGCUUUUGGGGUAUCUGGAGUUGUGACAAAGCCAAUGGAGAGUGCCAGGCAGAAUGGUCUAUUCGGACUUGCUCAUGGGCUUGGUCGCGCGUUCCUAGGUUUUUUUGUACAGCCAAUGAGUGGGGCAUUGGAUUUUUUCUCAUUGACUGUUGAUGGCAUAGGUGCAAGUUGUUCUAAAUGCUUAGAGGUUCUUAAUAACAAAACUACCUCCCAGAGGAUCAGAAACCCCCGGGCUAUCCGUGCUGAUGGUGUACUUAGAGAAUAUUGUGAGAUGGAAGCUCUUGGUCAGAUGAUACUUUACCUUGCAGAAGCAAGUCGGCAGUUUGGCUGUACUGAAAUAUUUAAGGAGCCGUCAAAGUUUGCUUGGUCUGAUUAUUAUGAAGAGCAUUUUGCUGUGCCUUACCAACGAAUUGUUUUAGUUACUAAUAAACGAGUCAUGCUGUUGCAGUGUCCAGCUCCUGAGAAAAUGGAUAAAAAACCUUGCAAGAUCAUGUGGGAUGUCCCAUGGGAAGAGCUCUUGGCAGUUGAGUUGGCAAAAGCUGGCUGCCAACAACCUUCUCACUUGAUCUUGCAUCUCAAGACUUUUAGGCGAUCAGAAAAUUUUGUUAGGGUUAUAAAAUGCAAUGCUGACGAACCUGGGGAGAGAGAACCCCAAGCUGUUCAGAUCUGUUCAGUGGUGCAUAAGAUGUGGAAAGCAUACCAGUCUAAAAUGAAAAGCCUAAAACUGAAGGUACCUUCAAGCCAAAGACAUGUGUAUUUUGCCUGGAGUGAAGCUGAUGGGAGAGAAUCACGGACAUCAAAUAAAGCUUUUAUUAAAUCUAGAGAAUUCUCAUCAUCCCGUUCUGCAUCUGAUGAAAGGAGAUUUGUUAAACAUGCCAUCAACUUCCAGAAGAUCUGGACCAGUGAGAGAGAAUUGAAAGGUCGAUGCACGUUGUGUAGAAAGCAGGUUUCAGAAGAUUGUGGAAUAUGUAGCAUUUGGAGACCCAUUUGUCCAGACGGGUAUGUUUCUAUUGGAGAUAUAGCUCGUGUUGGAAGCCACCCCCCAAAUGUGGCUGCUGUUUACCGUAAUGCUGACAGACUGUUCGCGCCUCCAGUGGGUUAUGACCUGGUGUGGAGGAACUGUGCUGAAGACUACACAUGUCCUGUAUCGAUUUGGCAACCUCGUGCUCCGGAGGGAUAUGUCUCUCUCGGAUGUGUUGCCGUAGCAAAUUUUGAAGAGCCAGAAGCUAGUUUAGUAUACUGUGUGGCAGAAUCACAUGCCGAGGAAGCAGUUUUUGAAGAUCAAAAGGUGUGGUCUGAGCCAGAAUCAUACCCGUGGACUUGUCAUAUUUAUCAAGUUCGAAGUGACGCCCUUCACUUCGCUGCUCUUAGACACAACAAAGAAGAAUCUGACUGGAAGCCCAUGCGAGUUCUUGAUGACUCACAGUCGUCUCUACUGCAAACUUCGGGAGCUAAUAAUUCUGAAUAGCCCCCUUCAAUUUUCUUCUAUGAUAUUUUUCUGUUAUAGUUUAUCAGAGAAUGAGUUGGAGUUGAACAUCCUUUUCUUCCA